AUAGCUACAUUUAUAUUAAGUUUUUUUUGGCUUUGGAAUUUGUUGGGAAUAUUGGAAUAUUUGUAUUGUUUUGAUAUGUUUAUGAGUUUUGUUCAUGUGGGGAAUUAGCUAUAAUUAGGAAUUUUGCCUUUUGGGGUUUCUUGAAAUUGUGAAUUUUGGGAUUCUGAAUCUUAUUAGAUUGAGAUCUUUUCCUUUUUUUUGAAGUUCCCUUGAAAAAAAAACUUGCCUUUUUUCUGCAAUUUUUGUGUACUUAGCUUUUGAAAUAAAGGGGUUAUUUUGUUAUUGCUAUUUGUUUAAUUGGACAUCAAAUUUGGCUCCUUUUUUGAGCUUCUCCUUAUUUUUAUCAAGAAAGUUUGUAUUUUUAUGCAAAUUGUGAAGCUUGUUGAUUUUGGGUUUUGUUGGUUGAUUGGAUUUGAAGUUUAUUUUUUGAGUUUCCUCCUUUCCUCCUUAUCUUGAGCCGAGGGUCUGCCGGUAACAGUUCUCUACCUCUCCAGGUAGGGUUAAGUAAAAAGUUCUCUAAGGAGGAUUGCGACUGCACUUUUUAGAGGAUCGUCCCUGUAUCUUAGUAAUGAAUCAGGCAAAAAUCAAGCGUAGAGUUGGUAAAUAUGAAAUGGGAAGGACAAUUGGUGAGGGAACAUUUGCUAAAGUUAAGUUCGCAAGGAAUUCAGAGACAGGAGAAGCUGUAGCAAUCAAGAUUCUUGAUAAGGAUAAGGUCCUUAAACACAAAAUGGCUGAGCAGAUAAAGCGGGAGAUAGCUACAAUGAAGUUAAUCAGACAUCCACAUGUUGUUAGGUUAUACGAGGUGAUGGGUAGCAAGACGAAGAUAUUCAUUGUUCUGGAAUUCAUUACAGGUGGAGAGCUCUUUGAUAAAAUUGUAAAUCAUGGACGGAUGCAUGAAAAAGAAGCAAGGAAAUAUUUUCAGCAGCUCAUUAAUGUUGUUGAUUAUUGUCAUAGCAGGGGAGUCUACCAUAGAGAUCUAAAGCCUGAAAAUUUACUGUUGGAUGCCUCUGGAAACCUCAAAGUUUCUGAUUUUGGAUUGAGUGCUCUGUCCCAGCAAGUCAGGGAUGAUGGCUUACUACAUACCUCGUGUGGAACCCCUAACUACGUUGCUCCUGAGGUACUCAAUGAUCAUGGAUACGAUGGCACAACAGCGGAUCUUUGGUCGUGUGGAGUCAUACUCUUUGUAUUGCUUGCAGGUUACUUGCCUUUUGAUGACUCUAAUCUUAUGAACCUGUAUAAAAAAAUCUCCGCUGCUGAAUUUUCUUGCCCACCUUGGAUGUCUUUUGGCGCUAUGAAGUUAAUUACUCGCAUCUUGGAUCCAAAUCCUAUGACACGUAUUACCAUCCCAGAAAUUUUGGAGGAUGAGUGGUUCAAGAAAGAUUAUAAACCUCCUGUUUUUGAUGAGAAAAAAGAUGCCAACCUGGAUGAUGUUGAAGCUGUAUUCAAGGAUUCUGAACAGGAAUAUCAUGUAACAGAGAAAAAGGAAGAGCAGCCAACUCCUAUGAACGCAUUCGAGUUGAUCUCAAUGUCAAGAGGACUCAACCUUGGGAAUCUCUUCGAUGAACAGGAAUUUAAGAGAGAAACAAGGUUCACAUCUAAAUGCCCGGCCAAUGAAAUAAUCAGUAAGAUUGAAGAAGCUGUAAAGCCCCUUGGUUUUGAUGUUCACAAAAAGAAUUACAAGAUGAGGCUGGAAAAUGUUAAAGCUGGAAGAAAAGGGAACCUUAAUGUUGCCACUGAGGUAUUUCAAGUCGCCCCUUCUCUUCAUAUGGUUGAAGUGCGAAAAGCAAAAGGAGAUACUUUGGAAUUCCACAAGUUUUACAAGAGUCUUUCAACUAGUCUAGAGGAUGUAGUGUGGAAAACUGAAGAGGACAUGCAAAAUAGGUAGUAUUUUUCGAUCAAUUGAGUGGAGCACGAUACUUCACGAAGUUUGAUUUGCGGUCGGGGUAUUAUCAAGUGCGUAUCGCUGAGGGUGAACAUAUUACUACCAUGAAGAGCAAUAGCAUUAGCUUUUGCUGGUUCUACCACAUAUGUAAAAACUUUUACAACUUCUUUCUUUCUUUCUUUCCUUCCCCUUUUUGUUCUUUUUUUGGUUGUGGUCUGUUCUUUGUAGUGGGACUUUUUUCUCCCAUGAGAAAGUGACCAUGUGAGGAAUUUCUAUUUAUUAUCAUGAGUAGGAGUUUGUUCCUAAUCACUUGCUGUUUGUAUAACUGGUAUACUCUUCUGACAAUUGUAUUAAGCUUUUCAGCUCCCUCUAAAAAAAAAACAUAAAAAAAAUAAAAUAAAGAAGGAAUCCACUAAGGAGAAUUAUAAUUUU